GAAAGAAAUGUCACUGUCCGCUAUAAAUAAUCCCUCAGCAUCAGUGGCGGCCACCUCAGCCGCACUGCUCAUUGUCAUUCUCUCCGGGGACAGUCAGCUAUGGGCGACUCAAGGCGCAUUUCCAGAUAUUACCAUGAACGGACCCCAACCUGGCUGACAUCAUUGCGUCUGGCGAUAUAGAUAGAUCCGUAGUACCUCCUCCUUCCUCCUCUCAUCCAUUUGGAGCAGCCUGUGUGUGUAGUCAGUGGCACUUAAUCACAGAGCGCACCAAGGCAGGAGGCGGACCGUCGGGCGUGAACGAAAUAGUAACGGUGAACCGGAGAGGCAGCAGUGUGCGGGACAACGCAGACAGAGGAGCUAAACCGAGGGAGCGCUCUCGGUUUUAUCCCCACUUUUACCCUGUACCGGAUCGAGCGUUGUUGCAGUUUUAUCUCCGUCCCCGACCCUUCUACUUUUCGGUCGUCUUUUACCGCGUCCGACUCGUUCGCCGCCAGAGCUUCGCUGGAGAUGUCCAAAAAAAGACCAGCCGAGCCGGAGUCCCGGGUGAAACAGCAGGCUGCUCUGGGCAACAUGACUCGCCUCCCUUGUUUCUCACCGGAGUCUGUAGAAUGAAGACGGCUUAAAUAAAAGUCCCAAGCAGAGCGCAAAGAUGUCGGUGCCUUUGCUGAAGAUCGGCGUCGUGCUCAGCACCAUGGCGAUGAUUACCAACUGGAUGUCGCAGACCCUCCCCUCUCUGGUGGGGCUCAAUACUACCAAGCUCACGGCGGCACAGGGAGGUUAUCCAGACCGGAGCACAGGAGUGUUGCCAGCGAACCCAGAGGAAUCGUGGCAGGUGUACAGUUCAGCCCAGGAUAGUGAGGGAAGGUGUGUCUGCACUGUGGUGGCACCCCAGCAGUCCAUGUGCUCACGGGAUGCCCGCACCAAACAACUGAGGCAGCUGUUAGAGAAGGUCCAGAACAUGACCCAGUCCAUCCAGGUGCUGGACCAGCGGACCCAGAGGGACCUGCAGUAUGUGGAAAAGAUGGAGGUCCAGCUCCGCGGUCUGGAAACUAAGUUCAGGCAGGUGGAGGAGAACCACAAGCAGAACAUCGCCAAGCAAUACAAGGCCAUAAAAGCGAAAAUGGAGGAGCUUAGACCGUUGAUACCAGUGUUGGAGGAGUACAAAGCCGAUGCCAAAUUGGUAUUGCAGUUUAAGGAGGAGGUCCAGAAUCUGACGUCAGUUCUAAGCGAACUUCAGGAGGAGAUGGGGGCCUAUGACUACGAGGAGCUCCACAACAGAGUGUCAAAUCUUGAGGAGAGACUCCGAGCAUGCAUGCAAAAAUUAGCAUGCGGCAAACUGACGGGCAUCAGUGAUCCCAUCACUAUCAAGACGUCUGGAUCCAGGUUCGGUUCCUGGAUGACUGACCCUCUGGCACCUGAAGGAGAUACACGGGUCUGGUACAUGGAUGGUUACCACAACAACCGUUUUGUGCGGGAGUACAAGUCGAUGCAGGACUUCAUGACGUCAGACAACUUUACGUCCCACCGGCUGCCCCACCCGUGGUCAGGAACAGGUCAGGUGGUCUACAACGGCUCCAUCUACUUCAAUAAAUUCCAGAGCCACGUCAUCAUCAAGUUCGACUUCCGCACCUCUUCCAUCAGCAAGGCCCGGCAGCUCGACUAUGCUGGCUUCAACAAUGCCUAUCACUACGCCUGGGGCGGCCACUCUGAUAUUGACCUAAUGGUGGACGAGGGAGGCCUGUGGGCUGUCUACGCCACCAACCAGAACGCUGGCAAUAUUGUCAUCAGCAAGCUGAACCCCAACACGCUGCAGAUCAUCAAGAGCUGGACCACCAACCACCCGAAAAGGAGCGCCGGUGAGUCUUUUAUGAUCUGCGGAACGCUCUACGUCACCAACGGCUACUCGGGAGGAACCAAGGUCUACUACGCCUACUCCACCAAUUCCUCUACCUACGAGUACAUCGACAUUGCCUUCCAGAAUAAGUACUCACACAUCUCCAUGCUGGAUUACAACCCGCGUGACCGUGCCCUCUAUGCUUGGAACAAUGGCCACCAGGUCCUCUACAACGUCACACUGUUCCAUGUGAUCCGCUCAGAAGAACUGUAACCACGCAAAAUGGAUUACAUACAUAAAUACAUAUUGUCUGUGUAGAGAUCUCCCUAUAUACAAAAAUAUAUCUGCGAAAGAAAAAGACUCAAUGGCAAGACCAUUCUAUUUAUAAUAUCAAAUAACUUUUACUGAGAGACUGAAUCAACAGUGAAUGCAAAGUGGAUUGAAUGUGCAUAUACAUGACACUGAAAAAAAAAUCUAAAAUUGAAGGGUUUCAUUCCAAAAUGUGAUAUAUUUGUUACAGAAAAAAAGCUUUAUCAAUUAAUAUCACAAAAUCAGAGAUGACAGCUUAAAAUAGAACUGUUUUGUAAAUAAAGGACUUAAUGUUAAUUCUAACCUACCCAUAACUACCCAUAGUAGAUUUUAUUUUAAUAGCUGCCAUCAUUUUGUUAGAGGUAUUUUAUUUUGGAAUGAAACUCUUUAAUUGUUUGCCGCAUAGAAAAUGAUUGUAAAAGUAGACUAUAUAUCAGAUGUAAAAGAAUAAGAACAGAUGCCAAAAAAAAAUAACAUCACGCCUUUUUUUAUAUAAAGGAACAUCGACCUAAGCUCAUUCCUGUGGCUCCUGUUCUUCUGCAGAAAAUCCUCCCACCUGAACUUUUCUUUUGGUCAAUGGGGGUCCUGAAACGAAAGACUGUUGGUAAUGAACUGUUGGAUCCCCGGGUCCCAUGGACAAGACAGAAAAGUGGGAGGUCAGUCUAGUCAGAAGACUCGUUAGCCAGAUGGGUGCAGUCUGUCAUAUCGUUUUUAUCAAGUACAGUAGCAAAUCAAAAGUCUGUAGAGAAGCAGCAAACAACAAUAACAACAUCCACUAAAAGACCUGAAGGCACUGACUGUUGACAGCGCUGUUGUUUCAGAUGAUUUUCCUGUGUUAGUGACUCUGUGUGAAAAAGGCUUUCUUUGCAUGAGUGUUUUCUAUCACUCCGGUAUGCUCUUCUGAAUGUCUUUUGCUGUAUACUAUUUAAAAAAAAAAGAGAGAGAGUAGGGUGGGAGGGGGGUAACAAGGUGCAAUACCUUUGGGAUUUUGGGAUUUGCAAAAAUAUUUACUUUUUUCCUGCUUCUUUCUAUUUAGUUCCUGUUUUGUUUAUUUCUAUUUCCUUGCAAUCAUUUUAUUUUUCAAAUGUUCUUGUAUCACUGUAAGUGUUGGCACCGGUUUUGCUUCUAUGUGUUUGUUUAUUUGGACUGCGUGGGAGGAAUCUAUCUAACUCACAUCUCUCUGAAGAAAAAAAAAAUAGAAUGUAUCAAGUAUUGUAUCCUGGGAACCUGGUCCUCCUAUCUUCAAUUCACAUCAUGCGCCUGUAGUAGGGAGAGGUUUUUUUUCUUUUAGAGGAUUAUCCUGUCUCAUGUCAUGUAUCCCCCACUGCUAGUGAAGGAUAAUGCUGUUUAAAUGUAUAUCCUUGCAGAGGACAAAAGCUUUCCACUCUUUUUGCGCUUUGCUGGACAUGUGUUGUAUCUGAGAUGAGAUAGUUAAUGAUUCGUGUCAAUAAAACAGAGAAAUCUGA